CCUCGAGCAGCCAAAUCAGCAUGUGUAUAUUGGUAGGGAUCAAAUCAAUUAGGAGGGGGUAUAAAGUGAUGAAGUGUUUGGUUUUGGGCAUGAGAGAAUUUGGCAUGCUAUAGCAUUCACACCCUAAGACUCUAUACUUGGUUCUAUAUGGUUGCUCUCCUCUUUACUUCUUAGUUUUGUACUUCAAUCCCGAGUGAAAUAAAGAAGUUUACAAUUUCAUGUCUUGAUAAAUCUGAUCACAAUGUUUGGUUUUUAAAAAUUCUCUGUUUCUUUCUUGUUGUAUGUAUGUAAGUGUGUUUUGCAGUUCUUUGAUAUAUAGACAGAGACUCUUCACGACCAUCUUUAACCCAACACGUCUUACCAAUGGAGAAGGUUCUCCUCUUGGAACUCUCGUUUUUUACAUCGAACUUGUCAGCACCAGACACCUUCACCGAUAAGUCAUAUUGUCAUAGUACUCCUUGGUUUCUUGUUAAUCAAGGAAUCAAAAUAAUAUACGAUUAAAUUGAAUUUAAAAAAAUCUUUCUUAAGCAUUUAAUAUUCUAUACUCUAGUGUAUAUAAAUGAAGUUGAUCAUGUGUCACUUGGUCCCUGCUUUCGCAUUCGUAUAACACGUGUGUAGAAAAAAAAAAUUGGUUGAUAAAUACAUAAUCAACGAAACCAUGCUCGUUUUUCUCACAGUAACUCGCAACAAUGUCUUCCACAAAACUCAUUUCCAUCACUUUCUUCUUAUCUCUCCUCCUACGAUUCUCCUCCGCCCAAACAGUCGUGAAAGCUACCUACUGGUUUGCGGAGAGUGAAUCUCCGUUGGCCCAAAUUGACUCAUCUCUCUUCACUCACCUUUUUUGCGCUUUCGCCGAUAUCAACACUCUAACCUAUCAAGUCAUUGUCUCCUCCAGAAACAAACCCAAAUUCUCAACAUUUACACAAACCGUCCGACGGAGAAACCCUACCGUGAAAACCCUUUUGUCUAUCGGCGGUGAUUUCACAUAUAAUUUCGCGUUUGCGUCUAUGGCAAGUAACCCCACCUCUAGAAAACUGUUCAUUAGUUCUUCUAUUAAGCUCGCUAGAUCGUGCGGAUUCCACGGUCUCGAUCUAAAUUGGAAGUAUCCGAGCAUUACGACGGAGAUGGACAAUUUCGGGAAGCUACUUCGAGAAUGGCGAUUGGCGGUUGAAGCAGAGGCUAGAAGCAGCGGUAAACCGCGUUUGCUUUUGACGGCUGCGGUAUUCUACUCCUACAGUUAUUAUUCGGUCUUACACCCAGUUAAUGCCGUUGCCGAUAGCUUAGAUUGGGUUAAUCUUGUUGCCUACGAUUUUUAUGAAUCGGGUUCGUCUAGAGUAACUUGCUCACCAGCUCCUCUCUACGAUCCUAUAACCACAGGUCCAAGCGGCGACGCCGGAGUGAGAGCGUGGACUCAAGCUGGACUUCCGGCGAAGAAAGCAGUCUUGGGAUUUCCAUUAUACGGCUACGCAUGGUGUCUCACAGACGCCAAGAAUCAUAACUACUACGCGAAUAGCAGCGGACCGGCGAUAUCACCAGACGGUUCUAUCGGAUACGAUCAGAUAAGAAGGUUCAUAGUGGAUAACAAAGCAACGAUGGUUUAUAAUUCGAAUUUGGUUCAGAAUUACUGUUAUGCCAAGAAGACUUGGAUUGGUUACGAUGAUAAUCAAAGUAUUGUUAUGAAAGUGAAAUACGCUAAGCAAAGAGGUCUACUUGGUUAUUUCUCGUGGCACAUUGGAGCUGACGAUAAUUCUCGUCUAUCUCGUGCAGCGUCACAGGCAUGGGAUGCUAAGAGGUAGCAACGAUGGUAAUCCUACAGAAGUAUUAAUGUUGAAAACGGCCAGUGAAGAAGUUUUGUUUUUGUAAAACUAUGCGAAAACAAACGUUGUUUGCUUAUUUAUUGCCAAAGCAACAAGGAAUAAUAUGAUAUGAAUAUAAUAGAAGCAAGAACCAAUUUGUUUUUAAUUUAGAAAAGAAACCAUAUUUAAUUUGUUUCUUUUUAAAGAUGUCAUUGUCACCCUUCUCUUCUCAGUGUGUUAUCUCAAC